CCCCACCCCACACCAUGCCACGCCCCUCCUCCUCCGCCCUCGCACAGGCGCGUGCGCAGCCUCGGCCUCGGCCGCGCGGCCAUUCUCCUCGUCGCACGCGCGCCGCGAGGGCGGCACCAAGUCGCCGUUCCAGGCGUUCGUCGACACGCUGCGCGAGGAGCUGCGCAAGUCGCAGGAGAUGCAGGACAACAUGCGCCAGCUGCAGGGCGAGGCCGGCAAGCUGCAGGACAGCGAGACGAUGAAGAAGAUGCGCGAGGCGUACGAGCGCGCACGCAUCGUCACCAGCAUCAAGGAGAACCCGCGCCUGCAGGCGGCCGCCGAUGCACUGCGCAAGACGGGCGGCAAUGUGGGCGACGCCGUGGGCGCCACGCUGCGCCAGAUGGAGGAGAGCGAGCUGAUCAAGGGCCUCGGCGCCAUCUCGUCGCGUCUGGCGCGGCAGCUGGCCGACAGCACGGCGCCGGUGCGGAAUACCGAGGCGUACAAGGAGCUCUCCAAGACGCUCGCCGAUGCGUUUGACGACGGCGGCUCGGCGCUGCGCAUCCACGCCGACGGCGCCGCCGAUGCGCGCGAGGUGCGGCGGAUAAAGCGCGAGGCGCGCCUGCGCACCAUCGGGCGCCAGCCGCCGCGUGCGGACGUGGAGGGCGAAGAGGCGAUUGCCAAGGCCAUGGCGCCGCGAGAGGAGGAGGUGGAGGAGCCCGUCGCGGCUGCUGCGGCCGCUGGCGCCGCUGCGGGCGCCGAGUCGGCCAAGCAAGCAAGCGAGCAAGCCGAUGCAGAAGGCCAGCCGGAAGGCGCUGCUGCUGCUGCCUCUGCCGCCGCUCCGGGCCCAGCGCCCUCGCCGCAGCCACACAAGCCGCGGCCUCUGGGCUUUGCCGCGCGCGUGCGUUCGGUGCAGGAAAACGCCGCCGCCGGCGAGGCCCUGGUGCUGCGCCCCGAGCCGGCGUACAAGCAGGCGUGGGCGUCGUUCCGCGAGACGAACCCGCUGAUGCGCAAGCUGGGCGAGAUGCGCAUGGCGUACGACGAGUCGGAGAACCCGGUCGUGGAGCGUCUGCGCAGCAUCACCGACACGAUUGGCGGCUGGUUCCAGGAGAACGAGACGGCGCGCGUCGUGGCGGCGUUCAAGGCGCUCGACCCGACGUUCACGCUCGAGGGCUUCCAGCGCGAGCUGCGCGAGUACGUCGUGCCCGAGGUCAUUGAUGCCUAUCACGGCGCGGCACGCCACCUGCUGCGCCAGUGGUGCGGCGAGGCGACGUACAACGUGCUCAUGGCCACGAUCGACCCGUACGUGCAGAAGGGCGCCAUCGCCCACGGCCGCCUGCUGGACCUCAAGAACAUCGAGAUCCUGCAGGCGCGCCUGCUGGAGAACAACGUGCCCGUCGUGGUCGUGUCGUUCACGAGCCAGGAGCUCAUGUACUUCAAGGACGCCAAGACGGGAGAGGUCAUGGCGGGCCGCGAAGACCAGGCGGACAUGUGCCGCUACGCCAUGGUGCUGACGCGCGUCGAGGAGGAGAUGGACAAUGAGAUCACCGGCGGCUGGAAGGUGGUGGAGGUGAGUGGAGCAGUGGCUGGAAGAGCCAAGUGCUGCGGAGCAUCAUGCUGACCCCCCUGUGCCCCGCGACAGCUCGCACGCCGCGGACAGGCAGCCUUCCUCUGAGCGAGAGCACAGGAAUGCAACCAAAUCACUACUC